AUGGCAAGGAAGCUCAAAGGACGUCAAUUGACCGGAAAGGGCCUCAAAGGUGCGCUUCAGAAACAUCAGAUCAUCGAAAAUGACAAAGCAAAACAUUCAAAAACACUCGUGACCGAGCAGCAGCGUCAGAAAGAUAAGGCUGCGUCAAUGAAAAGUGGUGGAAAACAAAAGAAGUCUUCAAAGAACCAGAAUGUGCAAAAGAAAGCGUUCAUUCCAUUUGAACCAAAAGAUACUGUUUUGCUUGUAGGCGAGGGCGACUUCACGUUUGCCCGCUCGUUGAUCACGCAGAGUUAUAUAGAGCCAGAGAACCUCAUUGCAACAAGUUUCGACUCUCAUCAGGAGCUCAUAGAUAAGUAUCCUGACGUACAAGCUGUAUUAGAUGAGCUCAAGGAUUAUGGGGUCACUGUUCUUCAUGAAAUUGACUGCACGAAGCUCCCAGCAUCAUUGAACUUAACGAAGAAACAAAGGACUCCGCUCUUCAGACCCGCAAAGCGACUCAACUACAUUAUGUUCAACUUCCCCCAUACCGGGCGCGGAAUGAAGGACAUGGAUAGAAAUGUUCGCGAUCACCAGAAACUUGUCUUGAGCUACUUCGAGAACUGCAAAGAAUUAUUCAAGAUUGUAAACGCAGACAUGGUUCCAAGUAGCAAACAAGACUUUUCAGGGUAUGAUAGUCUCGCCAAUAACGAGAACUCAAAACAAAAAAUUAUUUUAUCCCUUUUCGAAGGAGAGCCAUACAUUUCAUGGGGCGUGAAAGCUCUUGCCAGAAACGUUGGGUACAGAGUGGAACGCUCAGGAGCUAUGGAUUGGACUGCUUUUGAAGGAUAUCACCACAAGAGAACUAACGGAAUUCGCGAUACUACCAAACCUGCGGCAGAACGUGACGCACGAAUCUAUGUCUUCGACAAAUCUUUAAGCAAGGAAGAGUAUGAGAAACUAGCGACAAAGAAGAAAGCCAAGGCUGAUGACAGCGAUAGCGAGUAG